AUGGUUCUCGUUUCGAGCCUUGCCAUAGCCCUCCUGGCCGCUGUCCAGGCUGUCGAGUCAGCCUCGGCCGGCUGCGGCAAAGCGCCCCCAUCUUCGGGCACCAAGUCCAUGACGGUCAACGGCAGGCAGCGCCAGUAUAUCCUCCAACUGCCCAACAACUAUGAUCGCAACAGGGCGUAUAGGGUUGUCAUUGGUUAUCACUGGCGCGACGGAUCCAUGAACAACGUGGCGAGCGGUGACUUCUACGCCCUGCGGCCCCUGGCCCGCGACAGCACCAUCUUCGUGGCCCCUAACGGACUGAACAACGGCUGGGCCAACAACGGCGGCGAAGACAUUACCUUCACCGAUCAAAUCGUGGCUAUGCUCAAGAACGAUCUUUGCGUUGACGAGGGUCAAUUCUUUGCCACGGGAUGGAGCUACGGCGGUGCCAUGAGCCACAGUGUAGCCUGCUCUCGGCCAGAUGUCUUCAAAGCCGUCUCGGUCAUUGCUGGGGCGCAGCUCUCUGGGUGCUCUGGCAGCAGCAAGCCAGUUCCAUACCUUGGGAUCCACGGCGCCGCCGACAACGUCUUGCCCAUCGGUAUGGGUCGUCAGCUGCGUGACAAGUGGCUGCAAACCAACGGUUGCGCUUCCAAGAAUGCGCCAGAGCCCUCAUCCGGGCAGCAAAGCCACAUUAAGACGACGUAUACUUGCUCCCGGGCACCCGUAACCUGGAUCGCCCACGGAGGCGGCCACGUCCCGGAUCCUACCGGCAACAAUGGUGUGAAAUUCGCGCCUACCGAGACAUGGGACUUCUUCAACGCGGCCGUCGCCGCCGGAAACUCGACCUCAAUCUAG